CUUUUUUGUUUAAUCGAUAAGGCAGAAAGAGAUUUGUUAUAGUUGAAAGAAAAUUCUUAUCAAUUUGUGCAAAAAAAAGGAAGAAGUCACAGGAUGUCUUCGCCACAACCAGGAAAGAAUUCAGAAGCCAACAUGGCAGCAAUUAACAAGAACAUCGUGGAGCUGAAGAAGAAAAUCCUCCUGGCUGAGGGACAGCGGAAGGCAUAUCGUGGGGAAUGGGAGGAGGAGCAGAAGAGUAAUUCAGAGAAAAUUGCUGAUCUCAAGAAGAACAUCAAAGAAAUCACGGUGAAGCUCAAGUAUCUUAAGACAAAAAAGGCCCAACGUCCGCAGAAUCAUGAAACCAUAAAGAAACUCGAGCUUCCACCUGGGGCAGCUAAUGCAGAUGAAGCUGUCCACGUGCUGGAUCUCAAAGUGAUUGAUCUGAAGAAGCAAACGGACCUCAUUCAUGAUCAAUACGUGAAGCGUCAGAAGUACUUUGAUCAGCUCGUUGAGGAGUACCAGCGGCUCUAUGUGAGUAAGAAUAAGAUGCCCUCGGAGAAUUCAGUUCCGGCAUCGGAGACAGUUGAGGAGGAUCACAACAGACGCCUCAUUUGUCAUCUGGAAAAUGAGAUUCAUCGCACUUCAGUGCAGUGGAUGGAGGCAGAGCACAUUCGGAAGAAAUAUCGCUCCAUCAAGGCAUCCCUCAUGAAUGAUGCGGAGAAUUUUGAAUCGAAUCUCCUGGAGCUGGAGCAGGCAAUCACAGAGCAGCAAAUUGAGAUUGAUAAACUCCAUGCUGUGAAUGAGGAAGCUCUCCAGAUGCGGGACUCAACGAAGCUCGUGCUGCAGAAGCAGGAACAAUCAGCUGCCAGCUCCAAUCGGGCACGUGAGAAGCAAGCUCAGGACUUCCGGAGGCAGGUGGAUGAGCGGAAAAUGGAACUGGAGCGACUUGAGCGUCGUAUUUUCGCCACGGGGAAGACUCUUGUGCACCAGGAGAGUGCAGGUUCGGGGUCAGGGGAUGCAGCAACAGGGAAGGGGCAUCACGAUACUGAUCCCAGUGCCCAUGCAAAGGAAUCCACCAAUGUAAUGGAUAUUGCUUUUCGCAAAUUAAUGGAAUCAACCGGGGCAACAGCCACAAAUGAAGUUCUCGGACGUUUCCUGGCACAACGGGAAGCAACAACGCGUCUAGCCUACCUCAGGAAUGUCACAGAGACAGCAAAGAAGGAUUUGGAAAAUCAGAGGGAUACCCUUUCGUCCCAACUCGAUGAAUUCCGUUUUGCCGACAUAAAGGAGAAUGAGGUGAAUCAGGAGGAGGUAGAGAAGCUCAAGACGCAGAUUGCUGAGCAGAAUAGUCGCGAAAUUGCCUGCGAUAGUGUCUCAGAGCACACACGCAAAGUCUCAGGGUCCAUCAAGGAGGCCCUCUUUGAGCUUCUCAUGAAAAUCCGUGAUAUGGAUGAGAUUAGUGAGCAGAAUAUCUGGCACAGAGCCACGGAGAACAUUGAAGAUUUCGAUCUGUUAACUGCUGCAUCCAUUCCGAGUGAUUUACUCCUCAAAGUGCUGCAGGAGAGCUUGAGGCUCGUGAUGAAGGUGCACGGAGGGCGGGAAAUUGAUCGGGAAGCAGUGGAGGAGAGGGCUGAAAGUGAAAAGUCCUUUGAGGAUCUCUCAAUUGCCCUCCAUUCCCCAUUGCCGCCGGAAGAGAAGGAGAGACCAGCUGCCUUCCCGGCGUGCUACACGAAUCUGUUUGCAAAUCGCGGAACAGGCGGGCAAACCACAUCCAUCUCUCCUGGCCAAGCUACCCAAGCUAUUACUUCAGACGACGAGGGCGAUGUACCCUCACGGCAUUACUUGAAGCGCCAAGCGCAACUCAUCAUUGACUCCAAGUCACGCAGGAAGGGGUUCCGUGUUCAGCUUCCCCGCCGGAAGUAGACAAUGAAAACGAAGAGAGUG